AUAUUAGUCAUAUCAAUCAAACAUGAAGUUGAGAGUAUUUUUGCAGGUUUUGUUGAACUGAGUCUGUGUUUCAGUCCGUUUCUGUGGUCUGUAUUUUGUGUUCUGCUCAGAGUGGAUCGUCUCCCCAAUAGAGGAUCUGUGCAGGAGCUCCAGCAGGUCUGCGGAGGAUCAGGAUGCUCCUCACGUCCUCCUCCUCCUCCUGCUCCUCCUCCUGCUCCUCCUCCUCCUCCUCCUCCUCCUCCUCCUCCUCCUCCCGCUCCUCCUCACCGACACAGACCCUCUAAGCCUCCGCCGUCUGCCAGUCCGGACCCGCUCCCUCCCGGUCCCGCUCUGUCGUCCAGAUCCGGAUCCGCUGUCCCGGAUCCGUGCGCUGCAUUAUGUGAGGGGGACGCUGCGCGGGCACGAGGCGCGGGUGUUUUGGUGGGCUCGUGGAUUUCGGACCCUGCGCGCGUGCGUUUGUUUACGAAAUAUUUCAAAAUAAAAGCGGAGGAUUCGGACUGAAACAUGUCGGAUUUAUUCUGUGUCCAGAAACCAGACCGAGCACCGGCGGCACGCGCACGGCUCUGACGUCACCGGCGGUCACCGGUCACCUGCGGGCUCACCUGAGAGGACACAUGUCUCAGAUCCAGCAUGCGGCACCGGACCAGCAGCAGCAGUCCGGACCGGACGCCCAGAUCCGCACCCGCAGCCCCGAGCCGGCCGAGCACCCCGGACCCGGACCCGGACACCGCGGCCGGACCCCCCGCAGGAAGUGGCAGCUGUUCCCGGGAAGGAACCGGUUCUACUGCGACGGCAGGAUCAUGAUGGCGCGACAGAGCGGCGUCUUCUACCUGACGCUGCUGCUCAUCCUGCUCACCUGCGGACUCUUCUUCACCUUCGACUGUCCCUUCCUGGCAUCCAACCUCACCCCGGCCAUCCCGGCGGUUGGCGGCGUCCUCUUCAUCUUUGUGAUGGGGAUGCUGUUCAGGGCGAGCUUCACCGACCCCGGCGUCCUGCCCCGGGCCACGCCGGACGAGGCCGCCGACCUGGAAAGGCAAAUCGACACGGCCGGCUGCUCCAGACCGCCUCCUCGCACCCGAGAGGUCCUGAUCAACGGACAGACGGUCAAACUGAAAUACUGCUUCACCUGUAAGAUCUUCAGACCGCCGCGAGCGUCGCACUGCAGCCUCUGUGACAACUGCGUCGAGCGUUUCGACCAUCACUGUCCGUGGGUUGGGAACUGCGUCGGACGGAGGAACUACCGCUUCUUCUACCUGUUCAUCCUCUCGCUCUCCUUCCUCACCAUCUUCAUCUUCGCCUUUGUCAUCACGCAUGUCAUCAUCAGAUCGAACCGGACGGGUUUCCUGAGCGCGCUCAAAGACAGCCCGGCCAGCGUGCUGGAGGUGGUGGUGUGUUUCUUCUCCGUCUGGUCGAUCGUGGGUCUGUCGGGGUUCCACACGUACCUGAUCAGCUCCAACCAGACCACCAACGAGGACAUUAAAGGGUCGUGGUCCACCAAGAGAGGGAAGGAUAACUACAACCCCUACAGCUACGGAAACAUCCUGACCAACUGCUGCGCCGCCCUGUGUGGCCCCCUGCCCCCCAGUCUGAUUGACAGGAGAGGACUCAUCCAGUCUGAUACCCCGCAGACCGUCUCCCAGUCCUCCCAGUCCAACGGCACCAGCACCUACGCCUCCACCCAGCUGACCAGUCACAUGUGUGACCAGGAUCAGUGUCUUCAGAGUACGAAGUUCGUCCUCCAGGCCGCGGCGACUCCGCUGCUCCAUAGUGACCCCGUCGUCCUGGCCCCACUGCCGGGGAAGACCACCACGCUGGGGGGCCCCUGUGCCUACCUGGCCCCGUCCCAGCCCUCCCUGCCGUCCUGUGGGGGGGACGUUCUGACCCUGAGAGACGCCGCCGUCGACUCGCACUGCCACCACCACCUCCAUCAUCACCACCAUCACCACCACCACCACUUCGUCAGCCCGGAGGAGACGCCGUGCUCCACACCGCAGGGCGCCCUGCCCUGCCCCGCCCACCUGCACCUGCACCCGCACCCGCACCCGCACCCCCCUGUCCCCGCGCCCGCCGCCCUGUACGACCCGGCCUGUCAGGACGCUCUGCACGAGGACUCGGUCAGAGGGCUGGUCAAACUCAGCUCCGUGUGAGCGACCACAGCGAUCUCUGCGCCUCCGUCUGAUGGAGUCAGAUUCUGAUUCAGACGCUUCGCCCACAGUAAACUGCUCUCGGCGGACCGGGACCGAUGUGUGGUUUUUAUAUUGUCGGCGUUUCUGUGGAUUAAGGAGAACUGACCGUUACUCUCAGAGGAGCCGACAGACCCGACGCGAAUCUUCAGGUUUUCAUUUCAUUCUGUGGACAUAAAAAAGGAAGCCGGACCGAGUUUCCAAAAUAAACUCCUUCAGACACGAGUUCAUCGGAGCAACAACACUGCCAGACGCUCAGCUCACCUCAGCGGUCCACACUGAUUUUAAUCGGUCCAGCCAAAAACUUCAGCCAGAAUCCACGCAGAAUUCUCACGUCAAGUUCAACUUUGGUGACUUCAGAGAGGAAACUGGUCGCCGUGUUUUUGUACGUCCUGACGGAGCCGAGCUCUUCUGCUCGUGGAGCGGCGCCGGUGUGCCCACAUGGACCGGGAUUAACCGCUAACCGCCUCUUCGUUGUUUGCCCCAGUCACGUUUCUCUGACCGUUUCUAUCCGUGUUCCUGAAAACACGGAGGCUUGACACACAGGAGACCUCCGCGGUCAGCUCAGUUUCACGUACGGAGUUCAGUUACGGCCCACAACACGAUUUGUGAGCUCCGAGACCUUCGACCACCAAAUUCUAAUAAGUUUGCCAUUGAGUUCAACUGGACCUUUUUGACUCAUCCCGUUCACGAAAAUGACCGAUGCAAGGUCACAGUGACCUUGACCUUGACCUUUAACCUUUGACAACCAAAUUCUGAUCAGACAGAGAUUUGUGUCAAAUUUGAACAAUUUUUGAGACUCCCUCAAAAAUUCUUGACAUAUUGUUUUCAGGAUUAUGAGACAGAUACAAGGUCACAGUGACCUUUAACCUUUGACCACCAAAUUGUAAUCAGUUUAUUGCAGAGUCCGAGUGGCUGUUUGUGCUAUAUUUGAAAGAAUUCCCUCAAGGUGUUUUUGACAUAUCACGUCAACAAGAAUGACAUGGAGGUGAGGUCACCGUGACCUUUGACCACCAAAAUCUAAUCAAACCAUUGCUGAGUCCAAGUGGAAGUUUGGGCCAAAUGUGAAGAAAUACCCUCAAGUUUUUCUUUAUAAAUGAGUCAGACGCAAGAUCACAGUGAUCUUUGACCUUCAACCUCUAAAAUCUAACCAGAUUAUUCUUAAGUUCCUGUCGCUGUUUGUGCCAAGUUUGAAAAAAUUCCCUCAAGGCGUUCUUGAGAUAUUUUGUUCACAAGAAUGAAAUGGACACAAG